GGCGGUGAUGAGGGCGGGAGCGGAGUGAUGUGACUCCGUGGGUGGGGGAGGGGAAUGUAGUUCCGGUGGCCGCCAUCUUGUGGCGAGUGUCCGCUAGACGUAGCGGACCGCAAGACGUGGGAUCCCGAGCCGGGGGCCCAGCCGCCGGGAUAGAGCCGGACAGCAGCAACAAUCUGCCAUCUGCUCACAGCUUCCCGCCUUACCACCGUUCCCAUCCCAGCGGCUGAGGCCGGACCGCCUGCCCGCCCGCGGGAUGGCGUUGAAGCGGAUUAACAAGGAACUCAAUGACUUGGCUCGCGAUCCUCCAGCACAGUGUUCUGCAGGUCCAGUUGGAGAUGACAUGUUUCACUGGCAAGCCACAAUCAUGGGACCUAAUGACAGUCCAUAUCAGGGUGGAGUCUUUUUCUUGACAAUUCACUUUCCUACAGACUACCCUUUCAAACCACCCAAGGUUGCGUUUACUACAAGAAUUUAUCAUCCAAAUAUUAACAGUAAUGGCAGCAUCUGUCUUGAUAUUCUAAGAUCACAGUGGUCCCCUGCGUUAACUAUUUCUAAAGUACUAUUGUCCAUUUGUUCACUGUUAUGUGAUCCAAAUCCUGAGGACCCGCUAGUGCCAGAGAUUGCACGUAUAUACAAAACAGAUAGGGAAAAGUAUAACAAAAUAGCCCGGGAAUGGACUCAGAAAUAUGCAAUGUGAUACCUUGGAAUUCAAAUAUCUUACGUUAUAGCUGGAAUAAACUUUAAAUUACUGAUUUUUGGUUUUCUAUUUGGCUGCCCCCUUAUAAGAUCACAUCUUUCAUUCCCCCAUCCACAUGCUCUUGAAGGCAAUUUAGUACUUCUGCUUCGACAAGACCAGCUCUCUGAAUUUUUAAUGUAGUUUCAUCAUUCAUCUGAAACUCUGACCUCCCUUAUAAAUGAGCAUGUGUUAAGUGGCCAAUACUUUCACAAUAACUUGGUUAUGAGACUAAAAGCAUUCCUCAUUGCUAUAACAGUGGUGAUUUUUUAAAAUCUGAAAUUGAACAAUUCAACAGUUAAACUCCACCCUUAAAGGACUGCUGUUAGUUGGACAGCAUUUUUCAUUUUCCCUGGAUAAAAUUACAUAUUUACUUUAUGCUCAUAACUUUGUUAUCAAUGGUGGAUUGGUACAGGAUGUUAUAGUGUCAGCAUUAAUUAAAAUAUUGGCUGUAUUUUAUGCAUGUUAAUAAAAGGAAUGACUUGAGGUUUUUGUUGGUUUUGCGCAGAAUGAAAAUGGAAGUUACUGUCUCUCUACCUUACCAAAUGGAUUAGCUCAGAUCAUUUUUGUAAAUUUCAUUUAUAGUACUGCUUUUAAAAAAAAAUACGGCUAUUAGUUAAUCUGUUUUCCAGAACACACUUACAUGGCACUGAAUUAUGAUUCAAAUCUUUUGGUUGACUGAUCAACUAAUAGCUCAUAUUCAUUGGGUUUUUCUUUUUAAUAAAGUUGCAUAAACCAAUUUUUGAGCAGCCUGAAUGAAUGCAGUACAAUUUGCUUUCUUAGCUGUGUAUCUUUCGUGUGGAGCAUUUGAGAUAAUUUGUAAAAAUGGGCUGGAGCCUCACUGAUUAUAAGAGUGCAAUUUGAAAUAUUUUGCCAAGCAAUUCAAACUAGUGGUGUGAAAUGCCUUAAUCCUGUAUCUUGACUUCUGUUCUAGAUCAAGUUCAUGCUUAAUGUGUCGUAACAUUGAUUUUUUUUUACCUUUGCCAAAAAAUCAUAGUUAGAAACUAAUGGGCAGAUGUAUGCUUACAUGAUUGCAGUGUGUACUGUUUAAAUGAUAUGUAGCAUGUGCUGCUGAGUAUAAAGUUUUUUUUUAUAGUUAUUCAAAUCUACGUAAUGGGAUUAUCUCUAGUUUCAAUAACGUACUGCCCUUUCUCGAGACUAGCUCUUAUCUGCUGAAUGAUGAUUUGGCUAAUGGAAGUUGAGCUGGAACCUGAAAUUCAAAUAUUCCAGACACAAUCCCCAACCCACCCCACCACUUGGCUUUUGAGUUUUUAUAGUGUAAGAUGUUUCAUUUGCAUUGGAUAAGGGAGGAUUACUUAUCAUUUAAUUGUGUUUCCUUUUUAAAUCUUUUCAAAGUGUAGAUUUUUUUAGAUUCAGGAACUUGUAACCUCUUAAAAGUUAUAGACCUAUAUAACGCUGAAGGUGCUGUAAUUAAAAUACCACUAAAAUGAAAAUGCAGCAAGGGUUUCAAAACUAUUAACAAUUGAUUUUUGACUUAAACUUGGCAUGUUUCAAGUGAGUGACUUUAAAAUAGAAGCUAUAACCUGCUAAUUUUGGGCUUGGCAUUUACAUAGCUUAUGGUUUAAUGUAAACUUUUGUCAAUAAUACUUGAACCAAACUUGAUAAUGUGAAUGGAUACCUGUAAAAUACCUAAGAAUAAUCUGAGCAUUUAAAUUAAUUUGGAAAAGGUGAUGUGGAUAAUUUGAUGGUUUGUAACAUAACUAAGAACAAUUCGAUUAAUGCUGUGCAACAUUCCACACCAAACCCAAUACAUUUGUGUGGUGUAAUUUGCUUCUCAAAUUUUGCAUAGCAUCCCAGAAACUGAAUUUUCUCAGCAACAUACCACUUAACAUCCCUAACCUUGACUUUCUGUAAUAAACAAUAGUGAUCUUGA